AUGCAGGACAUGGUGUCAGCAGCAUUGCAGUACCUCAACAGCGGGGGUGCUCCCCUCCCUGGCACACCACUAGUGCAGGCACCUGCCCCAGCUAGAUCCAUAUCGCGUGCGCCUAUCCCUGCGCCUGCUGUCAGAAAUAUCACUGGGACAAGCUCGCUGCUGCAAUCCGAGCCCUCCUCUGACCGCACCAGGGUCUCUUUGCCCGUCUGCAGCGAGUUCUCCAAUCUGCAAGAGCUGCCAGGCAAGUGGGUGAACCACCCUGACCCGGACUACAUGGGCGAGUACGAGAUGACCUCGGACUGCCCAGACUGGACGCAGGACUAUGACUGCCGCAAGCCUGACCCCCGGGCCACGGUCCCUGCGGACUUCAUCAAAGGGCAGUACAGGCAGAUAUUCCAGCCGGAUGCGUGCCAGCUGCGGCCGACCGACCCGGACGACCUGGCGGCGCGCAUGGCGGGCCGGCGGCUGAUAAUGCUGGGGGACAGCCUCAUGCGGCUGCACUUCUUCUCGCUGGGCUGUCUGCUGCGCUCGCAUGUGGCCAGCGGCCGGGGCGUGACCUGGGACCGCUCCGACAUCAAGUGGAAGGGUGACUACACCGCCAAGCUGGACGGCAGAGAGAUCCAGGUGGUGAAGCAGUUUGUGGGCGAGUUCCGGCUGACAAACGGGGCCCAGGUGUAUGUGCGCGACUUUGGCGUGUACAACCAGACGCUGUUCGACGACCUCCUGUCCGAUUUUGCGCCGCUGCGAAGCGAUGACGUGCUGUUGCUCAACUGGGGGGCCUGGUACCCCCGCUUUGCGUGGGGGUCCAGUGAGGUGAAUUGGAAGAUGUGGCAGGAGCAUAUGCGGCAGCUGUUUAUGGAGCGACUAGCUGUGCUGCCGGUGCAGAUCAUCUGGAAGGCGCAUGCAGCCAUCCACUUUGGAGGCGCCACCGGUGCCGAAGUCGGGUUUGAGAACGGAUUGCAAGGCGGGCCGUGGCGUUACCAGUGCUACUCGGCAUUGAAGGGGGAGUUCUGGUACGACGAGUUUGUGAGGGACCUGCUGUCUGGGUCCUGCAAGGCGGCGGGCUGCUACCGAGUUAAAAUCCUGCCCAUCUUUGACAUGACCCUGUCGAGGCCCAACUCCCACCACGGCUCGAUGGGCCGCGGCGUGUCAGACGGCAAGGCCGACUGCCGCCACUGGUGCAACAACGUGGUGGACCACUGGAGCCACCUUCUGUACAAUUUGCUCUGCCCGCCCUCAUGA